AUGAGUUGCACGAUUGAAAAAGCCUUGGCGGAUGCGAAAGCGCUGGUGGAACGGCUGAGGGAGCACGACAACGCCGCAGAAGCUCUCAUCGAACAGACGACGGCCCUCAACAAGCGGGUUGAAGCGAUGAAACAGUACCAAGAAGAAAUUCAAGAGCUCAAUGAAGUAGCGAGACAUCGUCCUCGAUCUACGUUAGUGAUGGGUAUCCAGCAAGAAAACAGACAGAUCAGGGAAUUGCAACAGGAAAAUAAAGAACUACGCACAUCUCUCGAAGAGCAUCAGUCUGCUCUGGAACUCAUCAUGAGCAAGUACAGAGAACAGAUGUUUAGGCUGCUUAUGGCGAGCAAAAAGGAUGAUCCGAGUAUAAUAAUGAAGUUAAAGGAACAGCAUUCCAAGGAGCUGCAGGUGCACGUAGACCAAAUCACGGAAAUGGCAGCAGUGAUGAGGAAAGCCAUUGAAAUCGAUGAAAAGCAUGGCUGUAAAGAGCAGGAGCGCAUCAUCCAGCUUGAGCAAGAAAACAAAGGCUUGAGAGAAAUUCUUCAAAUAACUAGAGAAUCAUUCCUGAACCUCAAGAAAGAAGAUGCAUCAGAGAGUACGUCUCUGUCAGGAUUAGUAACGAGCAGCGAUUUGAGCCUGAGGAAAAGCUAAAGACUGUGGAAGUCAACACGCUUCAGUUGCACACUUUACAAACAGAGUAUCAGGGGUCACUUGUCAAGCACUUGUUACCGAAUAGGGCACCAGCAAGCUAAUGCAUCUCAAACUCCCGUUCAGUGGCUUUUAUACUGCGUAAAGCAAAUUAAAAUCGGUAUCCUCCCAAAACCGUAGUGAUGGGUUAAUUGCCACAGACCUAACUGCAGCAGGAAAUGGAUUCAUGCACUUGCUGAACUGGGAAUUAUUUUUCUAUGAAGUCAUUUUAUGGAUAAAGGACAAGAUUUCACAUCAGUUACGUAAAUUAUCGCU